CCAAGUUUCCCUCUCUCUCUCCAACUGCCAUGAAACUAUACCCAAGAAAAAAUUCAGGCGAUAUGCCCGAAACCAUAGUGUCCGAUCUUGAAGGGUCUUUGCUUAAGGAACCUGACCCAUUCUCCUAUUUGAUGCUUGUUGCCUUUGAGGCCUCUGGGGUCCUACGAUUUGCUUUCUUAUUGCUGGUUUGGCCUUUGGGCCGUGUCCUAGACAUGGUUGGCUUGGGAGAUGUUGGCCUCAGGCUCAUGGUUUUUGUUGCCAUGGCUGGGAUUCGAGAAUCCGAGAUCGAAGCUGUGGCUCGUGCUGUUCUUCCAAAGUUUUACAUGGAUGAUCUAGACAUGGAGGCAUGGAGGGUGUUUAGCUCUUAUGGGAGGAAGGUGGUGGUGACCAAGAGCCCUAGGGUUUUGGUCGAGUGGUUCGCAAAGGAGCACCUGCGAGCCGACGACGUUGUUGGGGGUGAGCUUGUGGUGAACCGGUUCGGGCUGGCGACCGGGUUCUUUGCAGACCAUGGUUGCUCUACUGAUGAACGCGUUCGGAAAUUGUUUUGUGGUGAGAGCCCUGAUGUUGGUCAAGGCAGGCUACCGUGUUGCUCCUCUGUUCAAUCCUUGUGCAAGGAGCACUUGUAUGCACCCUUCUCUGAUGGCAAAGCAUACGACCUCCCACUCUCGAAGCCGCCUCCUGUGAUAUUCCAUGAUGGUCGAUUAGUCCGUCGCCCGACUCCCUCUACCGCCCUCCUCAUCCUCCUCUGGCUGCCUCUCGGUGCCCUCCUGGCUGCCAUCAGAAUACUGGUGGGCCUCCUCCUCCCAAUCCAAGCCAUUCCCCACAUCGUCAACCUCUUUGGUGGCAGCAUCAUCUUCAAAGGCACCCCACCACCCCCGAACUCCGGCAUCCUCUUUGUGUGCACCCACCGCACCCUGAUGGAUCCUGUGGUCUUAUCGGUCGUCCUAGGUCGCAGAGUUGCUGCUGUCACAUAUUCGAUUUCUCGACUGUCGGAGAUCCUAUCUCCAAUCCCGACGGUGAGGCUCUCUAGAGACCGCCGUGUCGAUGGCGAACGAAUCAAACAGGCCUUGUCAGAGGGCGACCUCGUCGUCUGCCCCGAGGGAACCACAUGCAGGGAGCCCUUCCUUCUAAGGUUUAGUGCCUUGUUCGCUGAGCUUACAGACCGGAUUGUCCCAGUAGGGAUGAACUACCGGGUCGGCUUCUUUCAUGCCACCACCGCCCGAGGUUACAAGGCCAUGGACCCAAUCUUCUUCUUCAUGAACCCCAGGCCUGUGUAUGAGGUGACAUUCUUGAACCAGUUGCCCGAGGAGCUCACUUGCUCCGGGGGUAAAAGUGCCCAUGACGUCGCGAACCACGUGCAGAGGAUUCUAGCGUCUACGCUAGGGUUCGAGUGCACAAGCCUCACCCGGAAGGACAAGUAUCGGGUGCUCGCCGGAAACGAUGGCACCGUCCCGGAUUCAAAGGAUUACGGUGGCCGGAUUCUCAAGUUGGUGGACACUUUGAUACAACACUAGCUCUGGAGACAUUCAUUGUAUAUAUGCCCACAUGUUUGUGCUCCUUAUAUAAUUUUUCUUAAUUUUUUCGAUAAUUUGAUUGGUUUUUUUUUUGGUAUGGUCGAUAAAUGGAUAGUUUGAUAGGUCUUACGAUAAUUCUUCUUAUUGGAUUUGUCUUAAGUCUUUGAAAGUGGGGAAGGCCGCCCUUGAACAAUAUUUGAAGUUGUAAUAGAGUGGUUUUGCAUCAUUUUGGGUGACAAUUAAAUGCAUUCUUUCUAAUUGUAUAUUC